CACUUUUAACUCAGUUAGCAAAAUGUUGUACCAAAUCGGAGUGUGCCUUCUUGUUCUCCUGCUGGUAUCCUACUCGCAGGCGGAUCUGCGUCGAAACCUAAAAUCUUUGCCGGCGUCGAAGAUGAAGUUUAGUUCCCGUAUCAUUGGAGGUGGUGUCGCUUCCCUGGGUGCGGCACCGUAUCAGGUGUCACUCCAGAAUAAUUUUGGCAAUCACAUGUGUGGUGGUGUCAUAGUUGCCGAUCAGUAUAUUCUAACUGCGGCUAGUUGCGUGGCUGGUAUUAACAAAAAAAACCUGAAGACGGUGAUGAGCACUAACGAUUGGGCCGGUGAGGCCUGGGAGUAUUAUACUGAGGAGAUCAUACCGCACUGUAAAUUCGAUCAGCCGCUAUAUCAUAAUGAUAUUGCACUGAUCAAGAUGACGACGAAGGUGGCCUACGAUGAGGUCACACAGAAAAUACCAAUAGCACCUUUGGAUGAUCUCGUGGAGGGUGAUAAGCUGAAAUUGACAGGUUGGGGCAGCACCACGCAGGAGGGCGACUUUACUUUCGAUCUCAAGCAGCUAGAGCUGACCUAUGUACCGAAUGCUAAAUGCAAUUCAACGUACAACUAUACCAAGGAUCUGGACAUCGGGCAUCUGUGCGCUGUCGGCAAGGUUGGUGAGGGAGCCUGCAAUGGUGACACCGGUGGACCAUUGGUCGAUAGCAAGGGUCGCCUGGUGGGCAUCAAUAAUUGGGGUGUGCCAUGUGGCAGAGGUUUUCCCGAUGUGUUUGCCCGUGUCAGCUUCUACCACGAUUGGAUUCAGGCCACAAUUAAUGGAUGUGCGAUUAAAUAAAUGAGUCCUGAUUCUAAUCUCUGAAGAUUCCAGACGUCUAGACUAUGAUAUUGUUGUUAUCACCUAAGCCAGCACCCAGACCACAAUUAUACCUUGUACCCACGAAAAUUUAUAAAGCAAAUAAUUGCCAACACGAUUGUCCAGAA